CCUGCUUCCCCAAGAAAUGAUCUGGAGGGCCGCUCCACUCAGGAACCAAAAGGCAGACUUGAAUUUACCAUCUUUGCGUCUAGCUGUGUUGGGACCCAGACCCAGAUGAGCGCUGUGAUUUGCCCCCGCUUUCAAAUUUACAUCAUUUUGUGGCUUGAUUCGGUUUAGAAUUUGUCGGCACUGCUUUUUAUGGCUAGCCAGGAGUCAGGACGACUUCUAGCAGCCUUUCCCAGCUCUUAUUGCAGCCUUUUCAUACAUUUUUCGAUUUUCGCAUUGAACCGACACAGAUUUUUGGAAACUUCACGUGGAAAUCUAGAGUUAUUGCGAUCUGAUGUUUGAUCUGCCUCGGUCGUCGAUCACUUUCUUCUUGCAGCGGCCCAACCGUGAGGACUCGUGGGGUAGUAUAUAUCUACUAAUCUCAUGGUAUUCAAUCUAUCAAUCAGUCAACAACUCUCGAACAAAGGAAGAACAAAAAGGAAAAAGACAAUGGCAGGACCCAACCCCAAGGACUCCAUGAAGUCCACCUGGCGCACUGCCGACAAAAGCACCUGGUCUAGGCAUCACUUCAUCAUCGACUUUCUCAACGCGUAUCACUACGAUCUGAACAAGGAGGUUCCCGUGUUCUCCAAGCAGGACAAGCUCCCGCAUCUCCCACAAUUACCGCAACAUAUCUGGGUUUUGUUCCACGCCUUCAUUCCACUAGCUGUCCACCAAGCUCUGCUUUAUUACCCUCCUCUCCAGGAAGGUGUAGGCCGUCUAGCAGCUUUCGCCCUCUAUUUUAUGUCUUUCAAUGUGAUCGUCAUCCGUGAGGUUAACAUCUUGCGCCGUCUUGCACAUAAAUAUGGCUUUCUAGAUGGCGACGUGCACGAACGAGAUGGCGUGCCCGAUGUGGGUGUCGACAAAGUCGCCCAAUCUCUCUACAAGACCACCGGUUCCCGUCUUGCCCUUGCUAUCUGGCUGUCCUACGACCCAGCUGUGAGCCCUCUCGAGGUCAUGAGUGAACCGUCGUGGUGGGGCUGGUUAGCGCUCGAGAUCGGUCUGUAUGGAGUCGUACUUGACUUCUGGUUCUAUUGGUACCACCGCGCUAUGCAUGAUGUUGAUGGUCUGUGGAGAUUCCACCGUACUCACCAUUUGACAAAGCACCCCAACCCGCUCCUCGCCGCUUAUGCAGACCACGAGCAGGAGUUCUUCGAUAUGGUCGGAGUUCCCUUCAUGACCUACCUGACUCUACGAGUCAUCGGUCUGCCAUUAGGCUUUUAUGAAUGGUGGAUUUGCCACCAGUAUAUCGCGUACACUGAAGUCUAUGGACACAGUGGCUUGCGGAUACACUUGACCCCGCCUACAACACUAAACUGGUUCUUGGAAUAUUUUGAUUCAGAAAUCGUGAUUGAGGAUCAUGACCUGCACCAUCGGAAGGGGUGGAGGAAAAGUCACAACUAUGGCAAGCAGACUCGGCUGUGGGAUCGCAUCUUUGGCACCUGUACUGAGAGAAUCGAGUCAGUGCCGCAAAAUGUGGAUUACGCGAACCCAGCGCAUAUGCCUAUUUUUUAAGAGCUACAUAACCUUAUGUGUCUUAACGUCAACUACACGAAGUGUCUUCAGAAUUAUUACAAACUUUUAUUAUAGAGCGUAGGGUAGAAUAUAGAGUGGUACUCUCCAUGAGCUUUGUAGCUGAGCACUUUGAAGAAGAAAUCGUUGCAUAUAUACAGCUACGAAUAAUACAAUGGACACUGCGUUUUGUUGUU